UCCACGCAAGUUUCUUACAGUCAGAGCCCACCCACAAGAUUCCAAAGAAUCUCUUUUGCCAAGAUUCCAAAAAGUCUCUUACAGCUGAAAGAGAGAAAGAAUGGCUUGGUUCACACAAUCAUUUGAAUCUAGAUUUAAUGUGGGUUAGCAACGUUAGCAUGAUUGUGUGAACCCAUGCCAAGGCAGGAAUCUCAGAUGCAUCUCGAGCCAUAAAUCAUCUUGGCAUUAAACCAUUAACCUAGAUUCUAAUGAUUGUGUAGAACCAGUGUGUUGCAUUUUUUGAAAGGGAAACACAGUAUCCAUGCCAUUUGUAUAGCUUUUAUUGAAACAUCAUAGAAAUGCAUAAAACAAACAGCACUGUGUAUGCAAAUUGAUUGCAUUUCUAUCCUGCCUUUCCUCCAGCAAGUUCACAGAAGCAUACAUGGUCCUCCUCCCCAUUUGUUCCUCACAACAAUUCUCGAGAUAGGUUAGAUUGAGGAAAGGUGACUAGCCCAUUGUCACCCAGUGAGCUUCAUGACUGGGGGGGUGGGGCAGGAUUUGAACCCAGGCCCUCCAAAUUCUAGCUACUACACUAACUACUGUGCCACACUGGCUCCUGGCUCAACACUUCUCUUAUGCAGGCCCCCAUAAGACCUACAUCUAACCAUACUUCAUCCCCUAUACAUUAUUUGCCUUAGCUUGCAAACCUCAGGCAUGUGGGUAUGAUCUCUGCCCUGCUUCCUGUAUUUCUUAUACUGCUUUCAUCGUAUACUGGAGGAUUUCCAUGUCCAGAUGCUGAAAGGGCCCCAGUGCCUAAGAAUGGCAUAAAAUGAAACAAGUUAUUCUAGUAAGAACUAAUCAGCCUACUUUCCUUUCACUGUCUCUACAACUGGACUAGCAAAAUAAUGCUUGGGAUCAUCCAAUGCAGAUUAGAGUUCUAUGUGGAAAGGGAAAUGCUGGAUGUUCAAGCCGGUUUCAGAAAAGGCCGAGGAACAAGAGACAUCAUUGCUGAUGCAUGCUGGAUAAUUGAGAAAGCCAGAGAAUACAAAAAAGUAGUCAAUAUGUGCUUUAUCGACUACAGAAAAUGCUUCAGUUGCAUCAACCAUAUCAAGUUGUGGAAUAUCCUUAGGAAAAUGGGUGUCCCAGAACAUCUCAUUGUUCUCAUGAGAAACCUAUACACAGGACAGGAAGCCACAGUCCAGACAGAACAUGGUGAAACAGACUGGUUCCACAUUGGCAAAGGAGUAAGACAAGGCUGUAUACUUUCUCCUUCUUUAUUCAAUUCAUAUGCUGAACACAGAGAAGCAGGAUUGGAAGAAGAUGAGCGUGGUUUUAAAGUCGGAGGAAGAAACAUCAAUAAUGUGCGCUACGCUGAUGACACCACUCUGAUAGCUGAGGAUGUGGAUAAUCUACGACUAAAUGUCAAGAAGACUAAACUAAUGACAAUGGGUACAGCAACCAGCCUCAGAAUUGACAAUGAAGACACUGAAGUGGUGGAUAGCUUCUGCCUUUUAGGAUCGACUGUCAACAGUAAAGGAUCCAGCAGUCAAGAAAUAUGCUGCAGACUAGCACUUGAUAGGGUUGCAAUGAAAGCCUUGGGAAGGAUAUUUAGAUGCCAUGACAUGUCUACACCUACAAAGAUUAGAAUAGUUUAGACAAUGGUUUUCCCCAUGACACUCUAUGGAUGUUAAAGCUGGACUUUGAAGAAGCAAGAUAGAAAAAGCAUUGACGCUUUUGAACUUUGAUGCUGGAGAAGACUUUUGAGGAUACCAUGGACAGCCAGGAAAACAAACAAAUGGAUCAUAGAACAAAUCAAUCCAGAAUUUUCACUCAAGGUACAAAUGACAAGGCUCAAACUAUCAUACUUUGGGCACAUUAUGCGAAGACCCAGCUUCCUUGAGAAGUCUAUAAUGCUGUGGAAAGCUGAAAAAAGAAGAAGAGGACGACCAGCAGUAAGGUGGAUGGACUCGAUUACAACAGCAGUGAAUGCACCACUGAGAGACCUUAAAGGCCAAAGGCCAAGUUGAAGACAAAUCAUCCUGGAGAGAAUCUGUCUAUGUGGUCACUAAGAGUCGACUUUGAUUUGAUGGCACUUAAUCAAUCAACAACUGGACUAAAUUUGGUUAAAAUUGAGGUUCACAAGUUAGAUCUCUUGAACCUCAAAUGUUCAUGCAUCCACCAUCUUGGAUCAGGGUGGAGAACAUCAUCACAAACUAUACCACUGAGGUGUCCCUGAGUGUCACUCACUACAGCUGUAUCAAAUUUGGUCCAAAUGGGUUAGACAGUCCUCAAGUUAGUGCACUUGUGCCUCAAACGUUCACCUGUCCACCAUCUUGGAUCAAGGUGAAUGACAUCAUCACAAACUACACCAUUGGGACAUCUGUGCCCAUACAGCAGUAGCAAAUUUGGUUCAAAUCAGUUAGUGCACUUGUGCCUCAAAAGCUUAUGUGUCUGCCAUCUUGAAUUGGGUUGGAUGACAUUGUCACAAUCUAUGCUGUUGAGGUGACCCUAUGUGUCCCAACAGCUGUAGCAAAUUUGGUUCAAAUUGGUUAAGCAUUUCAAAAGUUAGCCCACUUGCACCUCCAAAAUUUACGUGUCCGCCAUCUUGGAUGUGGAUGACAUCAUCACAAACUAUGUCAUUGAGGUGUCCCUGUGUGUCACUCACUGUAACUGUAUGCAAUUUGGUUUAAAUCAGUUAGACAGUCCACAAAUUAGCCCGCUUGCGCCUCGGAUGUUCACAUGGCUGCCAUCUUGAAUUGGAGUGGAUGACAUCAUCAUACACCACGCCAUUUGGGCAUCCCUAUGUAUCCCUAAAGCUGUAGCCAAUUUGGUUCAAAUCAGUUAAGCUGUUCAAAGGUUAGCCCACUUGCGCAUCCAAAGUUUACGCGUUUUUCAUCUUGGAUCAGGGUGGAUGACAUCAUCAUACACUACACCGUUGAGGUGUCCGUAUGUGUCCCUACAACUGUACCCGAUUUGGCUUAUAUUGGUCUAGGCAUUGCGAAGUUGAUGGGACACACACACACACAGAAUGCCGGGUGCUCUCAUAAGCCUACUGGAAAGUAGGCUAAAAAAUAUGCACCUUUCUCCCACAAAGCAGCAAAAGCCACCACCAUAGAGGUAGAAAAACUGCACACAGCUAAACGUCCUGCAUUAAGCUGAAAUUGCCGCUGGUUAUGAUUCUGUAUGGAAGCAGAGUAGCACUGCUCUAUCGCUUGGCCUCUCGUGUUGUGAAAGUUCUGUAUAGCUCCUUUAGUUUGCAUUGCAAAAUAGUGAAAAACAGAGGUAUUUUAUACUAGAAGUCCUGAUAAAGCUUUGAUGCUGUACCCUCAUGAAAGCCACAUCAAGUGAAAUUCUGUUUCAGUGCAAUUCUUAACGGCACAGCAAGCCUCUUGGCAUCUGGAACUGUCACCUUCCAUCAUGCAGUUCUGCAUACCUCUGCCUAUGGGGAGAGGAUGCUGUCUGAGAAAAUUGUAGCUCCAAUAUAUGCCUCUGCCUGUUCAGCAAAAUGGGAGCCUGAGUGUUGCAUGGGGUUGGCUUUGCUUUGUUCCUUUAGCAGAUUCACCUGUAGGGCAAGAUGAGCCAGAAGAUGAGACAGUUCCCAAUCACAGCGGAAAUGGGGACUUCUUAGGACAGACCAUUGUGGCCCUGGGUGAGGUAAUCGGCUCCCAAAGAGGCCGCCUGGAGCGACCACUCACGGGGAUUCCAGGAAAAAAGUGUGGCACCAUCGUGCUGUCUGCUGAAGAGCUCAGCAAUUGUCGAGACAUUGUCACCAUGCAACUGUGUGCCAACAAGCUCGACAAGAAGGAUUUCUUCGGCAAAUCUGACCCCUUCCUUGUUUUCUACCGCAGCAACGAGGAUGGCACGUUCACCAUCUGCCACAAGACAGAGGUGGUGAAGAACAAUCUGAAUCCAGUAUGGCAGCCGUUCUCCAUCCCUGUGCGUUCCCUGUGCAAUGGGGACUAUGACAGGACAGUGAAAAUCGAUGUGUAUGACUGGGACCGGGACGGCAGCCACGAUUUCAUUGGGGAGUUUGCCACAAGCUACAGAGAGCUCUCCCGUGCCCAGAGCCAGUUCACUGUGUAUGAGGUUUCAAAUCCUAGGAAGAAAUGCAAGAAAAAGAAAUACAUUAAUUCGGGGACUGUGACCCUUCUGUCAUUUGCGGUGCAAUCUGAAUUCACCUUUGUCGAUUUCAUUCGAGGCGGGACACAGCUAAAUUUCACAGUUGCCAUUGAUUUCACAGCCUCCAACGGGAAUCCUUCACAGCCCACCUCCCUCCACUACAUGAGCCCGUAUCAGCUCAGUUCGUACGCUAUGGCGCUGAAGGCAGUUGGUGAAAUCAUCCAGGAUUAUGACAGCGACAAACUUUUCCCUGCCUAUGGCUUCGGAGCCAAAGUUCCACCAGAUGGCAAAGUGUCCCACCAGUUUCCUUUGAACAACAACCCAGACAACCCCAGCUGUGAGGGUAUAGAGGGCGUGUUGGAAUCCUAUUUCCAAAGCUUGCGUACUGUCCAGCUAUAUGGACCCACCAACUUUGCACCUGUCAUCAACCAGGUUGCCCGGUCAGCUGCCGAGGUUACUGAUGGAUCCCAGUAUUACGUGCUUCUCAUUGUCACGGAUGGCGUCAUCUCUGACAUGCUGCAAACCAAGGAAGCCAUUGUCAGUGCCUCCUCUUUGCCUCUGUCCAUCAUCAUCGUGGGAGUAGGCCCUGCUGAGUUUGGGGCCAUGGAAGAGCUGGAUGGCGAUGAAGUGCGCGUCUCCUCCAGAGGGCGCUUUGCUGAGAGAGACAUUGUACAGUUUGUGCCCUUCCGGGAUUACGUGGAUCAUUCAGGGAACCAUGUAUUAAGCAUGGCACGUCUGGCAAAAGAUGUCUUAGCCGAAAUCCCGGAGCAGCUCCUCUCCUACAUGAAGAGCCGCGACAUCAAGCCCCUCUCUGCCAAUCCACAGUAGUUCCUUCCAUCCUCUGUGCAACCUGAGCCAAUGGAAUGCAUCUGCUCCAGCUGGGACCAACACGAUUCCUACCAGUUGGGCAGUGUUGGCUGUUGCCGUGCUCUCAUUUGGAGCUGGCUAGAUCCGGGGGGCGGGGGGGCAGGAGGGGGAGGCAUCUCUAGGGGGAGGUGGGCAGGAUAUGGACUCCGUGCCUCACACACAGGUUGAGACACCAGCACAAAAGCAUGAGCCCCACCCCCCCCGCCUGCAUCUCAAAGGGAUGACUCCACCAACCAGCCCUGGUGAAGAGCAUGGACCUGAAGGGAAGGUGGAAGGAAGGGAGCAUCUUGAUAGGGGCCUUGUGGGGUUGGGGGCUUCCUUAGGGCCACAUUUGCUAAAUAAGGUGCCAUUUAGCUCUGUUCUGCCUGGAUAUCAAUAAACUAUUCUUGGUCCCAGGACCCUGUUUUAUAUUUUA